GAGAUCACAGGUUACACAGAUCACAUGUUACAGAGAUCACAGGUUACAGAGAUCACAUGUUACAGAGAUCACAUGUUACAGAGAUCACAUGUUACAGAGCUCACAGGUUACAGAGAUCACAGGUUACAGAGCUCACAGGUUACAGAGCUCACAGGUUACAGAGCUCACAUGUUACAGAGAUCACAGGUUACAGAGAUCACAGGUUACAGAGAUCACAGGUUACAGAGAUCACAGGUUACAUAGAUCACAGGUUACAGAGAUCACAGGUUACAGAGAUCACAGGUUACAGAGAUCACAGGCUACAGAGAUCACAGGUUACAGAGAUCACAGGUUACAGAGAUAACAGGUUACAGAGAUCACAUGUUACAGAGAUCACAUGUUACAGAGAUCACAGGUUACAGAGAUCACAUGUUACAGAGAUCACAGGUUACAGAGAUCACAGGUUACAGAGAUCACAGGUUACAGAGAUCACAGGUUACAGAGAUCACAGGUUACAGAGAUCACAGGUUACAGAGAUCACAUGUUACAGAGAUCACAUGUUACAGAGAUCACCGGUUACAGAGAUCACAGGUUACAGAGAUCACAGGUUACAGAGAUCACAGGUUACAGAGAUCACAUGUUACAGAGAUCACAUGUUACAGAGAUCACCGGUUACAGAGAUCACAGGUUACACAGAUCACAGGUUACAGAGAUCACAGGUUACAGAGAUCACAGGUUACAGAGAUCACAGGUUACAGAGAUCACAGGUUACAGAGAUCACAGGUUACAGAGAUCACAUGUUACAGAGAUCACAUGUUACAGAGAUCACCGGUUACAGAGAUCACAGGUUACAGAGAUCACAGGUUACAGAGCUCACAGGUUACAGAGAUCACAUGUUACAGAGAUCACCGGUUACAGAGAUCACCGGUUACAGAGAUCACCGGUUACAUAGAUCACAGGUUACAUAGAUCACAGGUUACAUAGAUCACAGGUUACAGAGAUCACAGGUUACAGAGAUCACAGGUUACAGAGAUCACAGGUUACAGAGAUCACAGGUUACAGAGAUCACAGGUUACAGAGAUCACAGGUUACAGAGAUCACAGUUACAGAGAUCACAUGUUACAGAGAUCACAUGUUACAGAGAUCACAUGUUACAGAGAUAACAGGUUACAGAGAUCACAGGUUACAGAGAUCACAGGUUACAGAGAUCACAUGUUACAGAGAUCGCAGGUUACAGAGAUCGCAUGUUACAGAGAUCACAUGUUACAGAGAUCACAUGUUACAGAGAUAACAGGUUACAGAGAUCACAUGUUACAGAGAUCACCGGUUACAGAGAUCACAGGUUACAGAGCUCACA